AUGACAGGGAUUAAUGAGACGGAUGACUUUAAGUUAGAACAACAACGGAGGGUUAAUUUUCAUGACGAGCCAGAAACAAGGCAGUUUUAUGGCGAAGACUUGGUGGGUGCUGCGAAGACUAAAGGUAGCAAGGUUCCUGUUAUACAACGAGAAGGGGCAACUAUGGCAGAACGACAAGUUGAUUUGCAGAACGCUAUUAUAUGGCUUCGAAGGGAACUGCAAGAGAUGCAAUUACAAGACAAGAAUUUAGCAAGACAGAUGAUCAAGCUUCGGGCGAGGAUUAAAAAUAUGAUGAAGAUCGAUGAAAGCGAUGUGAGCGAAUCAGACUCUUGAAACAGAUAACUUUUGAUGCAUUGUGAACACGACAGAGGAAAAUUGAAUUCAAAACGUGCCCCUGAAUUGUUUAAACAGGCUUUGUAGCGCUCUUACCUUAUAUUAUUAAGCGACGGAACAUCAAAUAUUUACGUUCAAACGUGGUCGAAUUAUAAGUUAAUAAUGACAAUAAUUCCACAAAGUUGAUUUCUGUCUUAGCGGUGGUUUUGGUGGUAAGCAAAUAUGACCUUAAAACGUAAACACAAAUUAAUUGUAUUUGAAAGUGUUAUCUUUUGAUCCCGUGCUAAUUAUUGAUCGGGAUGCAAAAUACUUUGAUAUAUUCAAAGAGAACUUCAGUUUCUACUAAUCGAGACGAGUUAUAAUACAACUCUCACGAAACGGCUUAUAUUUAUAUAUCAUUAUAUGUAUCUUUUUAGGUACGGCAUAUUUCGCAGGAUUUCUACAAACCUACACGUAUUGCGUAUCGCGGUGAUAUCGCGAAUUUGGGGGUUUCCCUCGGUGUAAAAACCUGUCAAGUUUUUCUUUGUUUUCUAGCUAUUAUUUUCCUUGGCUCUAUUGUGUUGACUUCUCAGAGGCUUCUUUGUAUUCAUUGUUUUACGUCACAGGUUUUUACAUCGAGGAUGAGCCGAUUUUUCGUUGCCUCCAAAAUUUUUACUGCAACCGUAAAUAUUCUUGAAUUGCUAUAAUUAUUUAUAUUGUUUGGGUUGCAAUUAAUCAAACGAAAGUAAGGGGAUAUUUUUAACGAAAUGUAAGUUUCUAGCUAAAAUAGAAUGUCUGAAAAAAAUUCAUAUAAUGAAAGCUCAUGUAUAUACUACCUCAAUUGUACCCUUUUUUAAGUGAAAUGUAUAACUAUGAAUGUUCAUAGCACAAAACUAAUUUCCUCCCUUUGUAUAAUACAUUUAAAAUGGGCAUUCAUCUAAAAUAAAGCAUUAUACAAUACAAUUCUAUUUUUUUUGUUUAAUCAAUUAUUUAUUGUUAUUACUUUGCAUCAAUAACAAAAUUAUUGAAUCUGAUUGACAGCAGCCCUUAGGGAUAGACCAUUAGAAAUUUUAUGGGGGGGAGGGAAAUUUUUGAGCCGCAGCAAUUUUUUUUUCGUUGUCAAAUUCCUUGUAUGAAGUUUUUUUAGGCCAUAGCAUGAAUAUUUUUUAGGAUUGAUUGAUGUGCAAGAAUUGUUUUUCAUUUAAUUUUCCCUCGCGUGAAUAUUUUUUUUGUACUU